AUUCUCCUGCUGUCUCGGUGCCUGACUAUUUCCAGUUAGAAGAGGGCAUAGAAUACCAGGUAACAGCCAGCAAGCCUUUGGUAAUCAAGCUGCAGGUGAGCCUCAAGACUUUGGGUCUUUUCUGGUGUCACAUGCAUGGCUGCCCGAUGGGUAGUGCAACUCUCUUCAUCCUGGGUUGUCAUUUAACUUUAUAGUCAAGAGCCCAGAGCUUUCUACUGGGUGAUGGCCUUUCACCUUUGCCAGAUUUCUCCAGUGUUAACACUGUGUCAGGCCCAUGACCCUCUCACAGCUGAGAGCUGUGAGUCAGCUCUAAGUCAUAGUUCUUUACUUUUUCAGGAAGCUUUGACUUUCCAGGAUGUGGAGGUGACCUUCUCUCAGGAAGAGUGGGGAUGUUUGAACUCAGCUCAGCGCAAUCUUUAUCGGGAUGUUAUCCUGGAGAAUUAUGGGAAUGUAGUUUCUGUGGGUAAGUCUUCAGUAUCCCCAGCUACCUUCACUUUUGGUUUUUCUCCUUUUUUUUUUUUUUAAAGAUUUAUUUAUUUUUUAUUUAUAUGAGUACACUGCAGUUGUCUUCAGACACAGACUAGAAGAGUGCUUCGGAUCCCAUUACAGAUGGUUGUGAGCCACCAUGUGGUUGCUGGGAAUUGAACUCAGGACCUCUGGCAGAGCAGUCAGUGCUCCUACUGCUGAGACAUCUCUCCAGCCUGGUUUUUCUCCUUUUUUUUAAUCUUAAAAAAAAUUCAUUUAUGUACAUGAAUAUGUAUGCAUGCAGGUGCUUGCAUGCCAUGGCUCAUACAGUCAGAAGAUAGCUAAUGAGAGUAGUUUCUGUCCUUUCUACCACGUAGAUCCAAUGAAUCCUAUUCCAGCUAAGCUUGGUGGCAGGUGCCUUUACCCACUGAGCCAUCUUCACUGGCCCUUGGUUUUCUUUAUUACAAUGUGUAGAAAGGGGCCUUGUUUUAGAUUGUGGUUCUGUAGCCACCAAGCUUAUUACUUAAUCUAUUACUAAACUGUCCUUGAAUAGUGGAGAUGGUGUUAUCUGUCAUGUGAGAUUAUUGAGAAGACUGAGUCUGUCUUAAGUUCCCAGUCCAUUUACGCCCUCAAAUAUUGCUAACUGAUGUAGCCAAUUGAGUAGUUGUAUGCUUCUCACCUCUAGAGAAUAUUAUUAUCAUUGUUGUUAUAUAUUUUAUGUGUAUGGGUAUUUUGCCCGCAUGUGUGUUUAUGCACCACCUGCAUAUAAUGCUCAUGGAGGUCAGAAGAAGGCAUCAGAUCCCUUGGAACAUGAGUUACAGAUGGUCGUUAGCCACAUGUGGAUGUUGGGAAUUAAGCCAGAUCCUUUGGAGGAGAAGCCAGUACUCUUUAUCUGAUGAGGCAUCUUUCCAGUUCUACUCUAGAGAAUUCUUGAAGCCCCUUUGCCUGUAACUUUUCUCAGCCUCUCAUCUCUACCUAGGGCAGCAGUUCUCAACGUAUGGGUCCAACCCCUCUGGUAAAUGUCUAUUUCCAAAAAUCUUUACAUUAUGUGAAAGACCCCCGGAGGGAGACCCUCACUCAAGCCUCGGGACAGCCGCGGACCCAAGAAGACACUGAGACCGAACUCAAAAUGUAGAGGGCAAGAUUUAAUAAAGCAACAGCAAGAAAGCACAUAGACCAGAGCUCUGGGGUCGAAGCUCAUACACCUAGUAUGGUGUAGAGGAGAAUCGACCUCGAGCCAAAUUUUUCACAGGCUUAUAUAGGAAAAACUCAAGGGGGGAGAGCGGGGCAGGGAAAGUACAAGUUUGCAUAACUAAGGGGUUCUGCCAAGGGAAUUCUACGUAACUAAGGGGUCAUGUCCUAUUAUUUGGCAAUGUACCCGGUUCAUUCUGAGGUUGUUCCAGGAGGCCCUUAUCUCAAAAAUGUUCUUGGAACAGUUUUUAGUUGGGAGGGUUCUAACUCUAGGGUGAGGAGUUCAGGAAUGCAUUCUGGGGUGAAGAGUUCAGGAGUGUUCUGGGAACAGUCUCUAGAUGGGAGGGGUCGGGCUCUGGGGUGAGGAAGAGUUCAGUAAUUUUUUAUCUUUAUUCUUCAUAUGAUUUGUAACAGUAGUAAAAUUAGUUAUGAAGUAGUAGUGGAAAUAAUUUUGUGGUUGGGGGUCAGCACAACAUGAGGAACUGUCUUAAAGGGUUUCAGCAUUGGGAAGUUAUUAGUGGGUUGAGAACCACUGUCUUAGGGCUAUCACAAAUGGCUGGCCAGGCAUUCUGUCCUAGCUUUUUGCAUUUGUCUUUCUGGCCUUCUCUCCUCUCUGCCAGGACUGUAGGUCCUAGAAAGUAGCUCCGUGUGGCCUGUCUUAACCUCACAUCCCAUUCCUUUUCUGCAGUGGGCUCCUCUCCCAAACCUGCUCUGAUCUCCUGGCUAGAAGCCAGGAAGCCAUGGGGCGUGAACAUCUGCACGGUUCAGCUUAAGAGAGAUGCUGAUGCUGCGCCUGAAGUUCCAGAUAUUGAAGAAAAAUAUUUUCUUUCUUCCUCCUUCCUCCCCCCCAACCAGGAGGUAAGCUUCAGAUUAAGCCAAACAAAUUCAUCUUGAAACAGAAACCUUCUGAAUACAUAGAAGCCUGUGUAAAGACAUCAGUAAGUCCUGAGACAAGUGUUUCUGAGGAGACAGGGCUCAAAGAAUCUUUUAAACAGAAGAGUAGGCUACAGACGUCCUGUGGAGACUCCAUACAAAUGAAAGAGAUGAAGGAAGGAGCCGACAUUAGUCAAAGGACAGGAAGAGAAUCUGAAGUAUUGAGAAACAAUGAUAUUCUUGAGUUAAAACAUGUUAAAUGUGUGAGUGUUUCUAGAAAAAGGCUAUCCUUUAAACAUGGCUAUGACAGAAACUUCAGAAAAAGUUCACACCAUUAUAAUAAUAAAUAUGGGGAAGGACUCAGAGGCACAGGUGAGGGGUUUGGUGUGUAUCAGAAUACUGGACUGAAAGAAAAUGGAAAGGACAGAUAUGGAGAGACCUCAAGGAAGAGCUGGCAUGCCCAUCCUGAACAUCGGCAGCCAAGCUACAGUGAAGAGGGCCUGUUUCAAUGCAGGGUGUGUGGGAAAGCGUUCAAGUGGCGUUCAAACCGUAUACGGCAUGAGAAAAUUCACACUGGAGUGAAACCUUACCAAUGCAGCUUAUGUGAGAAAGCUUUCCAACGUUUGUCAUCCUACCGUCUGCACCAAAAAACCCAUAGUAAACAGAAACGUGGAUCCAGUAAGUACAAAAAUGCCCUCACCUGCAGCUUGGAUGUCAGUCACCAUUUGACAGACCGGGAUGAGAGGAAACACUUACACUGUAACCAGUGUGGGAAAAACUUCUCCUGUAAGUCCUAUGCUAUUGAACACCAAAGGAUUCACACACAGGAGAAACCUUAUAAAUGUACCAGAUGUAGGAAAACCUUUCGGUGGAAGUCAAACUUUUCUCGUCAUAUGAAAUUACAUCACAAAGAGGUGUAUAAACAAGAGAAACGUCAAGAAGACUUCAAGCAGAGUUACAGGCAGUCUCAGGUUAUCUCUACUGUAGAGAAAACUUUUCCAUGUCAGAAUUGUGGGAAAACUUUUACUCAAAAGAAAUCACUCAUUGAGCACCAGAGGAUUCAUACAGGGGAGAAACCGUACCAGUGUAGUGGGUGUGGAGAAACAUUUACCUAUAGGUCAUCUUAUAUUAUUCAUAUGAAGCGAACGCAACAUGCUAUUAAAAUAAAGCCUGAGCAUGGCUGCCUAACUUUUAGUCAGGGUGCAGUGUUUCCCAUUCCUCGGGGUAGUCAUAAUACUGAGGGGUCUAAUAAGUGUAAAUACUGUGGCAAAGCCUUUCACAAUCGCUCAUUUCUUCUCAUUCAUGAGAGAGUUCACACUAGAGAGAAGCCCUAUCAGUGCAGGGAGUGUGAAAAAGCCUUCCGAUGGAGUUCCAAUCUCUACCGACAUCAGAGAAAACACUUUUUGCACAAGCGGUAUAAGUAUCGUGAAAGUAAAGAGACUUCAAAUCUACAGUCAAAAAUUCUCAUUGAUCAGAAGCCCUUUUGGUGUCAAGAAUGUGGAAAAACCUUUACACGUAAAAGAAGCCUUUUAGAUCAUAAGGGAAUACACAGUGGAGAGAGACGCUUUAAGUGCAACUUGUGUGAAAAAUCUUUUGAUAGAAACUAUCGACUUGUUAAUCACCAGAGGAUCCACACUACAGAGCAACCACAGUGGCGUGAUAAAGAUUUUGUUGGGAUACAUGCCCGUUCUGUUGACCAGAGAAAACACAGCAACACGCUGCAGUCUGAAUAUGGCCUACAUUCAGAUAAGCCUGGCUUAUCUUACUGUCAGGAUGUAAGGUUAAAUAUUCAGGAACUAAGUGGAAAGCUCCGUAAAGAGUGUGAUAACCCUUCUGAUGAGAGUUCCAAGUCAAUUGCAUUCCAGAAUGUGCCCACCAAGAAGAAAGCCUGCCACAAAUGCAGCACUUGCGGGAAAACAUUUAAAAAGCAUUCACAUCUUAUUAGCCACAAGAGAUGUCACACAAAAGAGAGGCCCUUCAAAUGCAUAGUGUGUGGGAAGACCUUCAGGUGGUCUUCCAAUUUGACUCGGCAUAUGAAAAACCAUGUUAGAAAUUAGCCUGGGGUCUUCGAUGACAGUGGGGGUGGGGAAUAGUUCUUGGUCACAUUCUAGAGAACUUUAGUGGUAGGCACUGGGGAAAACCUUUGUAAAGGUCCAGUCCUUUUUGGCUUGGAUGUUCUUGGUGUGGAAUCUUGAUGAUUUCAAAACUCAGGAAUUUCUCAGUCUUCCUUCUGGAAAGAGAUGUUGAAAAAUAACAGAAAGUUCUCUGGGGUCUUUUAGGGAUUCUGGCCCCUAGGUUUAGCCCAGGCCUCUGACAGCCAGGUCUCCUUAGAUAAUUCUUGCUGUUUGUGAUUAUUGGAAAGCAUGUCUGUAGCCUAGUAAGCGUUGUCUGUUGGGAAGGGCCCAUUUAGAUCCCUAGUUCUUCAGGGUCAGCUUGUGUUGGUGCUGUUCUGCUGACUUUAAAACCUAGAACUUGUAUUCUACAUCAGAUGUCUCCUGGGGGCCCCUGGUUGGGGCUUCAGUUUAUAAUUGGUUUUUGGUUAUUAGCUAUGGUCCUAAAGUAGUCUCAGUGUCAAGUGAAAAGGACAGGGUGCUAGGCUCCGUUGCUUGAUCUGGACAGGCAGCAUUACUCCAUCAUUUCAGCUAAGAUACAAGAGCACUCCUCAUGUGCCAGUGACCAGAACAGACAAAAACCCUGCUGUUUGGGGAUCUGUAAGUCACUAAAUGAGUUAGAUCCUAUUUUGGAUGGUGAUAUGUGUUGAGGACAAAGUCAUCCAGAGACGAAUGGCAAGGAAUCUGGUUAGGAUGUGGAUUGUAAUUUUAAACAAACUGUCCAGGAAAUAAUGUUACUGACAGUGAAACUAAGUAGGACCAGGUGUUAGGAGGCAUUGACAUCUCUAGGAGUUGCAAGACAGACAGACAAGGCUACAUAGAGAAACCUUAUUUCAAAAAAAUAAAAAAUAGGAUAAAUAAACAAGACACCCCUCCCCCCAAACCUAACAAACAAAAUCCCUAAUUGACUAAAAAGCUAAAGGAAGUUGGAAUUGGGGGUGGAGGGGUUGAGCCAUGUUGCUCUAUUGGGAAAGAGUGCAAGUUAGAGAAGGUAGGAUCUUAUCUGGUGACUUUAGGGUAAUAUAGAGUCCCUUGGGUGGAGUAGAUGAGCUCCUGAAGAAUGGACCAAGCUUUACAGAGGUAUUGUUUGCACAUUAGUUAUAAUGUCGUGUCUGGUAUAGCCCUUUGUUCAUAGUCCUGAUUAUCCUGGAACUUUGUCCUUUAAGCUCUCCUGCUCCUAUUUCUUUUGAGGACUAUGCCUUAACUGCUAGUGUGACCUGGGUUCCCAGUUAUGCUUGUCACUGCAGCCUGACCACUUGGGAAAGCUGUGCUAGGGUGCAUAUGUUGACAGAUUUUGCAAAACAAGUGAAAAAUGCUGCUUCUCCAAUCUGAAAAAAAUGAGUCUGCACAGUGCUUAUGUUACCUUUGCCUGGGUUCAGUUCCUAGCAUCUAUGUGGCAGCUCACAACCAUUGGCAAUCCCAGAGAAUCCCAUGCUCUGUCCUGAAUUUUGUGUGCUCCAGACAUGCACAUGGCUCACAGACAUGCAAACAAAACACGCAUACAAAAUACAUUUUAAAAAUAGCAUGGGUAUGAAAACAAAUCUGUAUUUUCAAAUUGCCUCUCUGAAAGAAUCUAGUUCUGCCAAGACAGGAGUAGAACUGUAUUUUAAAUGGGUCUUGAUCAGAUAGGUUGGGGGGUACUUUAUAAAACAGGCCUUGAGUCCAGUAUUGAAUGAAAGUUGUACUCAAAAGUACACAGCUGCUAGGUACGAGCCCAAUUACUGACGGGUUUGAGUAGUAGAGUGCCAGUUGACAGAUUCUGAUUGUCUUGGCAACCCUGUCUAAUCUUGAACUUGGCCUGGAAAGCACAGGCUUCUUUGAGCAUGGCCUUUCCACUGCCUGAGGAACUGAAGUUGGGGAUGGGGAUAGGCAUAUGGGCUGAGACCAUUAUGGAGUAAUGGGUAUCAGAUGGCCUCUUAACUCACCUGGUUAGUGUGGUCAGUUACAUCCUUACUGAAGGAUAUCAAACCACAGUGUGCAGAGAGGAAACCAUGUAGGCUUUCUUAGUAAUCUCUUAGAGAAGUUAGUUUUUGAAAGCUUAAGUAUGAAAUGGGUGGAAUAACGGGAGUUCAGAUCCCCUUGUAAGUAGAUUGCCAGGGGACUUGGAAAGGCUUAUAAAAAAAAAUGUGUGUUCUAUCUGUGUGUCCCUUCCUGGACCAAUGUGAAGAAUGAUGAACACGAGUCAACUCACUACAACAGUGUUUAGAUAGUGGGACCUACAGAACCCUGUUUGCCGUUAGCAGAACACACCAUGCAGAAGAUGUUUGGUACUUCAGAAAGAAUAUAAAGCUCAGUGUGGAGGAACACACUCUAAUCCUAAUGUGGGAUGCCAAAGCAAGAGGACCAAAAGUGUAAAGCCACUUGGGGAUAACGAAUAAUAAGAUCCUGUUCAAGCAACUACCACCACAACAAAAAUACACAAUUAUAGCGAAUGUGGAAGACAUAUCCUCGAGCUUAGAAUACUACAUGAAGAGUUGCAGAAGCUGUAUAUAAUAUACCAUUUAUAUGAAUUUUAAGCACAUUCAAAGUGCUCAUAUCACUUCCACUGGUUUGGGUUUCCUUAUUCUGUACGUGGGAUGGAGUUCUAACCUCAUAGGGUGGUGGUGGGGACAGUAAUAAAAUGCAUGUGUGACGUUAAGACUAGUGUCUGUCAUAUAACCAUUCCUGAUGUAUAGUAGAGUUAAUAUUUUGUCAAUUUUCUGUGGAUUCAAAAGGCAUGACAUAAGAGUGUAAACUUAUGAAAUGGGUUGAUGUAUGCUAUACUGCUCUAUAUUCUCUCAGUAUGAGAUGCUAGUGAAAUCACAAUGGAAACGUUCUUCACUUGUUUUUCUAAUUAUUGAUGCAGAUACAACCUAAGAUUGUUACAAUUUAACAGGAUAAUAUGGUGACUUCUUUCAACUGUUAAAAGUAAAUAAAAAUAAACAAAAAUUAAUCAUG